UACCAUUUGAUGGAUCAUUCCGCGGAAUGUAAAUAGUUCGUCGGUGCACGGCCGUUUGAAACGGAAUAUGUUUCUAAGAAAGACAGCGGCGGCGGACGGAUAUAGCGGUUGAGGCAGGUGCCGAUGACGUCACGCCGUCCCUUGCCAGCCGGGCUGUGAGCGGCAGUGGCGGAGUCCGUUAGCUGCACUUUACCGCCUGUGCCUGUUAUAACGACACCAUGGUGGCCAAGCAGAGGAUCCGGAUGGCCAACGAGAAGCACAGCAAGAACAUCACGCAGAGAGGAAACGUGGCAAAAACUCUGGUGAGAAACUGCCUGCCAUCACAGUUAUCCAUAUAAUAGGGUAUACAGGGUAUCACUGGGGGGCCUGGAGCAUGGUGCCAACUGUAACCUUUAACCCCUGGGUACAUGCUGCCAACUGUAACCUUUAACCCCUGGGUACAUGGUGCCAACUGUAACCUUUAACCCCUGGGUACAUGGUGCCAACUGUAACCUUUAACCCCUGGGUACAUGGUGCCAACUGUAACCUUUAACCCCUGGGUACAUGCUGCCAACUGUAACCUUUAACCCCUGGGUACAUGGUGCCAACUGUAACCUUUAACCCCUGGGUACAUGGUGCCAACUGUAACCUUUAACCCCUGGGUACCUAGUGCCAACUGUAACCUUUAACCCCUGGGUACAUGCUGCCAACUGUAACCUUUAACCCCUGGGUACCUGGUGCCAACUGUAACCUUUAACCCCUGGGUACAUGCUGCCAACUGUAACCUUUAACUCCUGGGUACAUGGUGCCAACUGUAACCUUUAACCCCUGGGUACAUGCUGCCAACUGUAACCUUUAACCCCUGGGUACAUGGUACCAACUGUAACCUUUAACUCCUGGGUACAUGGUACCAACUGUAACCUUUAACCCCUGGGUACAUGGUGCCAACUGUAACCUUUAACUCCUGGGUACAUGGUACCAACUGUAACCUUUAACCCCUGGGUACAUGGUGCCAACUGUAACCUUUAACUCCUGGGUACAUGGUGCCAACUGUAACCUUUAACCCCUGGGUACAUGGUGCCAACUGUGGUGCCAACUGUAACCUUUAACCCCUGGGUACAUGGUGCCAACUGUAACCUUUAACCCCUGGGUACAUGGUGCCAACUGUAACCUUUAACCCCUGGGUACAUGGUGCCAACUGUAACCUUUAACCCCUGGGUACAUGGUGCCAACUGUAACCUUUAACCCCUGGGUACAUGGUGCCAACUGUAACCUUUAACCCCUGGGUACAUGGUGCCAACUGUAACCUUUAACCCCUGGGUACAUGGUGCCAACCGUAACCUUUAACCCCUGGGUACAUGGUGCCAACUGUAACCUUUAACCCCUGGGUACAUGGUGCCAACUGUAACCUUUAACCCCUGGGUACAUGGUGCCAACUGUAACCUUUAACCCCUGGGUACAUGGUACCAACUGUAACCUUUAACUCCUGGGUACAUGGUACCAACUGUAACCUUUAACUCCUGGGUACAUGGUACCAACUGUAACCUUUAACCCCUGGGUACAUGGUGCCAACUGUAACCUUUAACCCCUGGGUGCAUGGUGCCAACUGUAACCUUUAACCCCUGGGUACAUGGUGCCAACUGUAACCUUUAACCCCUGGGUACAUGCUGCCAACUGUAACCUUUAACCCCUGGGUACAUGGUGCCAACCGUAACCUUUAACCCCUGGGUACAUGGUGCCAACUGUAACCUUUAACCCCUGGGUACAUGGUGCCAACUGUAACCUUUAACCCCUGGGUACAUGCUGCCAACUGUAACCUUUAACCCCUGGGUGCAUGGUGCCAACUGUAACCUUUAACUCCCUGGGUACAUGGUGCCAACUGUAACCUUUAACCCCUGGGUACAUGGUGCCAACUGUAACCUUUAACCCCUGGGUACAUGGUGCCAACUGUAACCUUUAACCCCUGGGUACAUGGUGCCAACUGUAACCUUUAACCCCUGGGUGCAUGGUGCCAACUGUAACCUUUAACCCCUGGGUACAUGGUGCCAACCGUAACCUUAACCCCUGGGUGCAUGGUGCCAACUGUAACCUUUAACCCCUGGGUACAUGGUGCCAACUGUAACCUUUAACCCCUGGGUGCAUGGUGCCAACUGUAACCUUUAACCCCUGGGUACAUGGUGCCAACUGUAACCUUUAACCCCUGGGUACAUGCUGCCAACUGUAACCUUUAACCCCUGGGUACAUGGUGCCAACUGUAACCUUUAACCCCUGGGUACAUGGUGCCAACUGUAACCUUUAACCCCUGGGUACAUGGUGCCAUGGUGCCAACUGUAACCUUUAACCCCUGGGUACAUGGUGCCAACUGUAACCUUUAACCCCUGGGUACAUGGUGCCAACUGUAACCUUUAACCCCUGGGUACAUGGUGCCAACUGUAACCUUUAACCCCUGGGUACAUGGUGCCAACCGUAACCUUUAACCCCUGGGUACAUGGUGCCAACCGUAACCUUUAACCCCUGGGUACAUGGUGCCAACCGUAACCUUUAACCCCUGGGUACAUGGUGCCAACUGUAACCUUUAACCCCUGGGUACAUGCUGCCAACUGUAACCUUUAACCCCUGGGUGCAUGGUGCCAACUGUAACUUUUAACUCCUGGGUACAUGGUGCCAACUGUAACCUUUAACCCCUGGGUACAUGCUGCCAACUGUAACCUUUAACCCCUGGGUACAUGGUGCCAAGAGUGCCCUUUAACCCCUGGGUACAUGGUGCCAACUGUAACCUUUAACCCCUGGGUACAUGGUGCCAACUGUAACCUUUAACCCCUGGGUACAUGGUGCCAACUGUAACCUUUAACCCCUGGGUACAUGGUGCCAACUGUAACCUUUAACCCCUGGGUACAUGGUGCCAAGAGUGCCCUUUAACCCCUGGGUACAUGGUGCCAACUGUAACCUUUAACCCCUGGGUACAUGGUGCCAACUGUAAGCUUUAACCAAUGGGUACAUGGUGCCAACUGUAACCUUUAACCCCUGGGUACAUGGUACCAAGAGUGCCCUUUAACCCCUGGGUACAUGGUGCCAAGAGUGCCCUUAAACCCUGAGUCCAUGGUGCCAAGAGUGCCCUCUAACCCUUGUUCAUGGGCCAAGAGUGCUCAUUAACCCUGGGACAUGGUGCCAAGAGUGCCCUUUAACCCUGGGUCCAUGGUACCAAGAGUGCCCUUCAACCCCUGGGUCCAUGGUACCAAGAGUACCCUUUAACUCUUGGGUCCAUGAUGCCAAGAGUCCUCUUUAAUCCUGGGUCCAUGGUACCAAGAGUACCCUGGGUGCAUGGUACCAAGAGUGCCCUUUAACCCUGGGUCCAUGGUACCAAAAGUGCCCUUUAACCCCUGGGUGCAUGGUGCCAAGAGUGCCCUUUAACCCCUGGGUCCAUGGUGCCAAAAGUGCCCUAUAACCCCUGGGUCCAUGGUGCCAAGAGUGCCCUUUAACCCUGGGUCCAUGGUACCAAGAGUGCCCUUUAACCCAUGGGUUCAUGAUGCCAAGAGUGCCCUUUAACCCUGGGUACAUGGCACCAAGAGUGCCCUUUAACCCCUGUGGCAGAGUACCAAGGAUGCUCUUUAACCCCUGGGUUAUGGAACCAAGAGUGCCCUUAAUCCGAUGGGGCAAGGGGGCUUUUUAGCCCUGGAUUCAUGGUACCAAGAGUGCACUUCAGCUCCGAGGCAUGGUACAAACAGUGCUAUUGAACCCUGGGUCUAUGGUACCAAGAGUGCCCUUUAACCCGUGGGUCCAUGGUGCCAAGAGUGCCCUCUAACCUUUGUUCAUGGGCCAAGAGUGGUCAUUAACCCUGGGACAUUGUGCCAAGAGUGCCCUUUAACCCUGGGUCCAUGGUACCAAGAGUGCCCUUUAACCCCUGGGUCCAUGGUACCAAGAGUGCCCUUUAACUCUUGGGUCCAUGAUGCCAAGAGUCCUCUUUAAUCCUGGGUCCAUGGUACCAAGAGUACCCUGGGUGCAUGGUGCCAAGAGUGCCCUUUAACCCUUGGGUCCAUGAUGCCAAGAGUCCUCUUUAAUCCUGGGUCCAUGGUACCAAGGAUACCCUGGGCGCAUGGUGCCAAGAGUGCCCUUUAACCCCUGGGUCCAUGGUGCCAAUAGUGCCCUUAAACUCUGGGUCCAUGAUACCAAUCAUGCCCUUUAACCCAUGGGUUCAUGGUGCCAAGAGUGCCCUUUAACCCUGGGUACAUGGCACCAAGAGUGCCCUUUAACCCCUGGGGCAGAGUACCAAGGAUGCUCUUUAACCCCUGGGUUAUGGAACCAAGAGUGCCCUUAAUCCCAUGGGGCAACGGGGCUUUUUAGCCCUGGAUUCAUGGUACCAAGAGUGCACUUCAGCUCUGAGGCAUGGUACAAACAGUGCUAUUAAACUCUGGGUCCAUGGUUCCAAAAAUGUUCUUUAACCCCUUAAGGACCAAACUUCUGGAAUAAAAGGGAAUUAUGACACACAUGUCAUGUGUCCUUAAGGGGUUAAACCAAAGUCAAUUGUAUCAAGAGUGCUUUUUAACCCAUAUGAUACCAACAAUACUCUAACUCUGGGUCCAUGGUAGUAAAAGUGCUAUUUAAAACUGGUACAGGUUUGCUUUUAACACUGAGGUCAUAUUACCAUAAACACUCUUUAACCCAGAAGGCAUGGUACAUUAUUUCUCUGGGUAUAGUGUUGUUAAACUUGCCGUUUUGGUACAGUAAACCUUGGUUGGCCAUGUAUUGACAAUGUCCCUGGGUAAAAUUGCGGCAAGAAUAUAGCUGGGUAGCUUGUUUAGCAUAUAGAUAGAACUGAUAAAGCCUAUUUGUAGAAUGUCACUGGGUAAGGAUGGCCAAAUGAUAAAUAGCCUUGGUUUACCCUGUAGGAACACUGUAGCUCACUGGGUAUAAAUGUGUUCAGAAUAAUAAGUAUCCUUGCAAACACAAUAUAUCAUGGUUCCUAUUGGGCAUAGUGUAAUUGGUGCUGGUUAACCUUGUGUGCAUAGUAUCGUUAGCACUUUGUAAGCCUAUAGGUACAGUGUCCUUGAUUAACAUGACUAUAGUAUCAUUAGCACUGGGUAAAACUAUGGGGAGCAUGGCAUUGAAAAACCUGUGCUCGUAGUAUAUUUUGCACUGUGUAAACCUGUGCAGUAGCAUAGUACGAAAGGAUAAAUCAUUGGUACCUUGCCAUUCUGUAAUCUUGUGUCCAUUGUAUACUUACCACUAAGCAACAUCUUGUUAAUGUGAAAACCCUUGGAGCAGAUUCUCUUAGUAUAUAUGUAAAUCCAAAGACAUUGUUUAAAGCUGUGUCUAGAAUACUACAGGCAGUUAACCUGUAUUAACCCUGCAGUAAGCUCUGGGUAAAUGUGGGCAUAAUAUAUUUAGCCCAUGCUUGCCUUAUGGGAAUGUAUAAUCACUACCAAGUAAACCUAGGACCAUGAUGCAAUUAGUAAUUGCUAAUCCUGAGGGUACAUUAUCACUGUGUAAACAUGGGAUGGUGUCCCUUUGUAAACCUGAGCACAUAUUGAUGCUGGUUAAACAUGAUCGUCCAAUGAACACAGCAUUAUUGGUAUGGACAGUCUCAUCUGUACAGUAUAAGUAACAGUAAGUGUAAUAUUAUGAGCAUAGUCUUACUAGCAGUGGAUGCUAGACCAUGGGUGCAGUUGGUCAGAUCAUGGACUCCUUAAAACACAGGUCUGUAGUCUGUAUUAUUGCCUCGUCAUCUAGGGCUGUGAUUGACGAACAGUAUCUGAUGGUGGAGGUCAGUGCUGUAAAGUGAUUAUUGUUUCCCAAGUACGUGUUUCUACAGAUGUAUGGUGUUGAAUAGUCCAUGCCCUCUUGUUGGGUUAGUGGUCGAAAGCUUGCAGGUCUGUUUACUGGCAAAAUGAUCUGGUUGCAUAUUGGGCCAUUUAGACAGCAAAAUCCAGACAUUGUUCACAAUAUUUAAGUGUCAGGAUUUUGCAAUACUGACUUUGAAUGAACCAGAAUUGUGAAUGGAUUUCCGCCGGACCAAAUACUGAAAGAUGGCUGAAUACAGUUGCAAAAACUGUGAUGAAAAAAACGACUAAUUAAAAUAUAAUCCUUGUUCAAUUUUUGAGGGCUCCAGACAGAUCGAUAAUUCCAGGCAGGAAAGGCCUUCCCAAGCUUUAAAUUGUGACUCAGAGCACUCUGUCAGCUAAGACUUGUCUCUCAUGAUAGUUGCUUGGAAAUUAUUAUUUUUAAUCGUUAUUUUGGACUAUUCUGGAUUUUUAUUUGGCCUAAAGGAAAAAUAUAUUUCAUUAGGUAAAUAUGCAAUUAUUAUUAUUAUUUUUUUUAAACUGGUAUUAGAUUUAUUGCCCACCCUAACUAUUAAGGUGAAGGGGGGAGGUAGGGUUUACUUUAUGGUGGAUGGAACAUUGGCUAUAACUUUGGAUUAUAUCCAUAUAAAAUUAGCCAGCCCGGAACUCAUUGCCAAGGUAGCCAAUAAUAGCUGAUACUAACAUGCACUACUGCAGGUGAGCAUUCAGCUUUCUGUUACAGCAUACAGUCCACUGCCCCAAUAGAAAAAAUGUAAAAGCAUUGUCCCAAUGAAAACAUGCAUGCAUUUUAUUAUGCAUUUUUCAUUAGGUGUAUAUCUAAAAACAGCUUGCAAAAGCUGCAGAUAUCUUGUCUAAAGUCUUUGCAAGCCCUCCCCUUUUAACCCCACCCAGAUUUUCUGUGGCUGUCCAAUCACACAGGGGUGCCACGGAAUGUUUCCCCAGUGCUAUGAUUAUAGCACUGGGGAAACAUUACUGCUCAACAGACCGCGACUGGGCCCCUGUAAUGUCGGCCUGCUGGGAGGAAUUGACAGCCUGUCCCUUCCUCCCAGCAUCAUGCAGAGAGAUGGCGUGGGAGGGAGAGGAGGCAGCUGCAGCGUGAGGGGAGAGGAGAACAAAGAGCUCCAGACCCCUUCACUCCCCCCCAGCAGGACCAGGACUCCAAGCCACCCUCCUGGACACACACGGCAAGCUAACAGGAGGGUAGCUGGAGAUAUAAAAAAAAUCACUUGUGUGUGAGUGUUUGUAUAUUUUUCAGUGUGUGUGUGAGUGUAUGUAUUAGGGUAAGUGUGUGUAUGUGUAUGAGUGUUUGUAUGUGUGUGUUUGUGUGUAUAUGUGUGUCAGUGUAUGUAUGUGUGUGUAUGUAAGAAUAUGUACAAAGGAUCAGCGCUAAUAUACUAGAUCUUACAGAGAUAAAUGUAAGGCAGCACACCUGAUAAUAGGGCUCCCUCACAUGCCCUAUAGAGUAGACAAAACUAAAAAAGGUGAAAGGGGAGGUGGCGCCACAGGUGAAAUAAAAUAUAAAUAAAUAAACCUGAUUAUAAACUAUACAAGCACAUAUACAAGACACUAUAUAAGAGAAAAUACAUACAAGAUAAAAUACCAAAAAGAGCUUGAAAUAUGGAUAAUGAAUAAUAAUCAAGAGUCCAAAGAUAAAGUCCAAAAGAGUCUAUGCCUGAUAAAUGCAGCAAAAAAAAGUCCAAAUAAAACCUUGUAUAAGAAGUUUUUAGUUAUGUGUGUAUGUAUAUGAGUGUGAGUGUAUGUAUGAGUGUGUGUGUGUGUGUGUAUGUGUAUGAAUGUAUGUGUAUGAGUGUGUGUAUGUGUAUGGAUGUUUGUAUGUGUGUAUGUGUGUGAGUAUAUGUAUGAAUAUGUGUAUGUGUGUGUGUGUGUCAGGGUGUGCAUCUGUGUGUGUAUAUAUAUGUCAGUGUGCUUCUGUGUCUGUGUGCGCACACAUCUCUGUGUGUCAGGGUGUGUGUUUUUAUGUCAGUGUGUGUAUCUGUGUCAUGAUGUCGGCAUGUAUCAAUGUUUGUUUGUGUCAGGGUGCAUGUGUGUAUGUCGGUGUGUAUCUAUAUAUGUGUAUGUGUCAGUGUCUAAAUGAAUUUGUGUAUUUGUGUCGGUGUAUUUAUAUGCAUCUGUGUGUUAAUGUGUAUGAAUAUCUAUGUAAGUAUGUUUAUGUAUGUGGUAGUGUAAGUGCAUACAUCCAAUCAGUCAAACAAACACCAGGACAACAUACAUGCACACUCCUGCAAUCUAACACAAAUAUUGCAUACAAACACAAAAAAAAUAUACAAACACACCCCUUCACUCAAACACAAAUACUUCACACAAAUGUACAUCCACAUUUAAAAGUGAACAUUACAUUCAGACACACCCCUGCAAUCAAACGCAAACAUUAUAUACAAACACACCCCUGUAUUAAAACUCAAUAAAUGUAUACAAGCACCCCUUCAAAUACCAACACUGAAAAUUACAAGCAAGUGUAAAAUUGGCGUUUAAAAAAUUUUUUGUCCUUGUAUUUUUGAUGUUAUUAAUAACCAGAUUAACACUACUAAGAUUUUUUUUCUCUGUCCCUCUUUUCCAAAAACUCCAUAUUGUUGGUGUGUCUGAGUGUAUAACAGAGCCCCACAGCAAUAAUACUCACAGUAAUGUGUCUUUAAACUACAAUACAUGUGUUUAGAAAGCAGUCUAUGUAAAUAAUACAUUGUUCUUGUUCUAAAUUAAAUUUUAAUUGUACAAAUAGUUAUUAGUAGGUCACCUACUAUUUCUCAGAACAGCCUCACCUCUGGCCACCUGCUUACACCCAUAAAAUUAAAGUGUCCCUCUUUGUCCAUUUAGAAUGUAUGCAACCUGCAGACACAGGUUGGUAUUCUGGGGGCCCAUAAGCCUCUGUUCAUGAAACAAAGCGUUCGGCAUAAAACCUUUACAGUCUUAUCCUGCCCUCCCACCUGCGGUGAUUGAGUUAGGCAUUUGACACAUUGCCUGCAUUUAUAACUUGAAUUCUCUGCCUUGGCUAUUGGUUUUGACCAGAGUACAAAAUUACUUGCCUUUGGACCUGACCUUGGUUUCAGAAUCCACUUGUUUCUGUGUACACAUUCUAUUUGUUUUAUCUGCCAUGUACUGCUUAUUGUAGUCUAGUCCUGAAAGUAUGUUUCCAAUCCAAGUCUUCCUAGGUAGUGAUUUUCAACUCAGGUUCUACUCUGGACUCAAAAAAUUUACAGAGUUUAACUCCAUAAUCCAUCAACAAUCGCACACAAAUGAGCAGUUUAUAGUUAAAAUUCAGAACCAGAGGGGGGUAGAGUAACUAAGCGCAAUAUAUAUAUAUAUAUAUAUAUAUAUAGUGUAGAUUGGAUUAGCCGUAUUAGUCCAGUAGACAAGAUGCCAAAAUACCAGAGUAUUGCAGUAAGCAAUGAUACCUUUUUUACUGCACUAGCAUAAUAUUUUAAAGACAAGCUUUCAAGAGUUUGCCUCUCUUCCUCAGGUCUGAAGCAAAACUGAUCAAUCUGAUAGAGAUUAACACUUAAAGGACCACUCUAGGCACCCAGACCACUUCAGCUUAAUGAAGUGGUCUGGGUGCCAGGUCCAGCUAGGGUUAACCCAUUCUUUCAUAAACAUAGCAGUUUCAGAGAAACUGCUAUGUUUAUGAAUGGGUUAAGCCUUCCCCCUAAUCCUCUAGUGGCUGUCUCAUUGACAGCCACUAGAGGCGCUUGCGUGCUUCUCACUGUGAUUUUCACAGUGAGAGCACGCAAGCGUCCAUAGGAAAGCAUUGUAAAUGCUUUCCUAUGCGACGGGCUGAAUGCGCGCGCAGCUCUUGCCGCGCGUGCGCAUUCAGCCCAGGAGGAGGAACGGAGGAGGAGAGAGGCAGAGAGCUCUCCGCCCAGCGCUGGAAAAAGGUAAGUUUUAACCCUUUCCCCUUCCAGAGCCGGGCGGGAGGGGGUCCCUGAGGGUGGGGGCACCCUCAGGGCACUAUAGUGCCAGGAAAACGAAUAUGUUUUCCUGGCACUAUAGUGGUCCUUUAAAACAACUGAUGUUAGGGGGGGGGGGGCUGGGUGUCAUAAAUAGCAAGAUGUGCAUGAAAGUGAAAAGUGCAGGUUUACUGAAAAUAGCCAGAAAAGUAAAAAAGUAAAUAAACAGAGGAGAGUAAAUAAGCUAGUUAACCCCUUCAGUACCGGCUUGUGUUGGCCAUGUUGUACGUUAAGGACCAGGGCUCUUUUAACACUUUUGUGGUGUUUGUGUUUAGCUGUAAUUUUCCUCUCUCUCAUUUACGGUUCCCAUACAAAUUAUAUAUUGUUUUUUCAGGACAAAAGGGGCUUUCUUUACAUACCAUUAUUUCUAUCAUCUCAUAUAGUUUACUUUAAAAAGAAUAAUAAAAUAUGGUGAGAAAUUGAAAGAAAACAUGUUUUUUGACUUUUGUUUGAAAAAUCUUUUAUUUAUCUACAAAAGCUAAUGAAAAAAACUGCUAAAUAGAUUAAAAAUGUUGUCCUGAGUUUAAAAACACCCAGUGUUUACAUGCUUAUUUUUAAAUUUUAUUUUUUAUGCAAGUUAUAGGGCCAUAAGUACAAAUAGGAAAUUGCUGUUUUAAAAUAUAUAUUUUUUAAAAGUAUCAAUAGUGACAUUGUAACACUAUUAUCUGUCAUAAAUCUUAUGAUCACACCCCACAUGUACACAACCCAGGGUAUUCAAUAUGGGGUAUGUCCAGUCUUUUUUAGUAGCCAUUUGUUAGUGUGUGAAAAAAGUAAAAAAACUAAAUUGAACGCUAAUUUUGGCCAGUGUUUGUGACUAAGUGGCUUCUAAAAAAGAAGGACGUACCCCAUUUGCAAUAUCUUGGGUUGUCUUCUUUUGCAAAUGGUAUGCCAUCAUGGGGGUAAUUCUCAUUCCUGGGCUACCAUACGCUCUAAAAGGCAGCAUAACCAACUUGGCUAUUUUCAAUGUAAAAAUAUUUGACCCUUAAAUUUGACCCUGUAACUUUCAAAAAAGCUAUAAAACCUGUACAUGGGGGGUACUGUAAUACUCGGGAGACUUUGCUGAACACAAAUAUUAGUGUUUUAAAACAGUAAAAUGUAUUACAACAAUGAUAUAAUCAGUAAAAGUGCUGUUUGUGUGUGAAAAAUGCAAAAAAAAGUCACUUUCACUGACAAUAUCAUCGCUAUGAUAUGUUUUACUGUUUUGAAACACUAAUAUUUGUGUUCGGCGAAGUCUCCCGAGUAAAACAGUAACCCCCAUGUACAGGUUUUAGGGUUUCAUAGAAAGUUACAGGGUUAAAUACAGUGCUAGCAAAUUAAAUUCUCUGGACUUUCGGCCUGGGUUGUCAGGCAGGUCCUUCAAAUUGCAAUCAAUAAAAUUACUUAAUUAUGUAAAAAUAUUACAUAAAUAUGCACGUAGAAUUUAAAUAUACGUGUAUAUUUAUACAAUUAUUUAUGUAAUUUUGUAUAUGGAUAUAUAUACAUUUCGUAUUAUUUUAAUUUAUUUAUAUAUACAUAAAUGUAUAUAUAAUUUCAUUCUAAGUGUAUUUCAUAUAAAUAUAUAUAUAUAUAUAUAUAUAUAUUAAUAUCAAAAUACAGUUAAAAUAAAAUUUUGUAUAGAUAUAUCAUUUUUUAAAAUUUUUAUUAUUUUUACGUUUUUUAAUUUAUUUUUAUUUACUUAUUAUUUGAAUUUUAUAAUAAUAUAUAUAGACACAAUAUAUAUAGUUAUUAUAUAUAUAUAUAUAUAUACAUGUGUAAUUUAAUUAUAAGUGUAUUUUUAUAUUAAUAUAUGAAUAUAUUAAUAUAAAAAUACACUUAUUAUGACAUUAUAUAUAUAUAUAGUUAUAUUUUUUAAUUAACAUUAACAAUUUUUUUACUUUUGCAGGGAGACUGCCUGUCAGCACAAACAGUCCCCUGCAGGCAGGCACUUGGACACCUAUUGUGACCAUAUGACCGCUAUGUUGAGCGAUCACGUGGCCACAGGGUCCUAAUCUGCCGCUGGGAGACUGCCUGGGCUGUCAGGCAGUCUCCCCACACUGGGAGCAACGCCGAUCGUCGCCGGGAAGAAGACGGAGAUUGGGUAAGUACAUCUUACCGUUAUCACGGUUCAGGACCAUCACCGGUCCUCAAGGGGAUUUUUCCGAUGACGGUCCUGAACCAUCCACGGUCGCGAAGGGGUUAAAAAGAAGAAAAAAAAGAAAACAGCAGGGCAUGCAAGUAAAUAUCGUAUAUACUCGAGUAUAAGACGAGUUUUUUGGCACAUUUUUUGUGCUGAAAAACCCCCACUCGUCUUAUACUCGAGUCACUGUCUGUAUUAUGGCAACUUACAUUGCCAUAAUACAGACCAGGACCGCCGGACUCAUUACAAGCCUGGCGGUCCUGUUGGGGGCUGGCAGUGAGCUGUAACUUACCUUUCCUGCAGCUCCUGUCAGCUCCCUUCUCCUCCGGUCCAGUCAGCUCCCCUGUCAACUCAACUGCAAGUCUCGCGAGAGCCGCGGAGUCAGAGCGUUGCCACGGGUUACCGUGGCAACCUUCCGCGGCACUCAGACUGCAAGACUUACAGGGGAGCUGACCGGACCGGAGUAGAAGGGAGCUGACAGGAGCUGCAGGAAAGGUAAGUUACAGCUUGCUGCCAGCCCCCCUUCUACACAGUACGCACCACUGGACCACCAGGGAAUGAGAGCCCCCCUCCCUGGCCAUGUAUCAAGCAGAGAGGGGGGACAUAAAAAAAAUAAAAAAAAAUUAAUAAUAAAAUAAAAAUAUUAAUAAAAAAAAGAAUAUUAAAAUAAUAAUAAUAAUUAAAAAUAAUAAUAAAAAUGCCCACCCCCCCACCAAGGCUCUGCAUCACACACACACACUGCAUUCAUACACACACCGCAUUCAUACACACACACACAGACACUGCAUUCAUUAUAUACACACACUGUAAAUAAAUAUUCAAUUAAUAUAAUUUUUUGGGGAUAUAAUUUUAUUUAGAAAUUUACCAGUAGCUGCUGCAUUUCCCACCUUAGUCUUAUACUUGAGUCAAUAAGUUUUCCCAGUUUCUGGGGGUAAAAUUAGGGGUCUCGACUUUUAUUCCUUAUAUUAUGGUCUGAUAAUACAAUUUCCAAAGUCUGCCUAUGAAUUUUCUUUAAUUCAGUAAAAAUGUUUGUGGGAACAAUGAUCUAGAGCACAUUUGUUGGCUGAACAUUGUUAGAAGACUGCUUGUGUGUUGACAAGUAAACACCAUGUCUUUGACUAAUAAAGGAAAAGCAGAAUAUGUCAAGGGUAAGAAUUGUUACAGAGAGUAGAUUACAUGAUAUAUUCGAGAGAGUUACUACUUGUAGAUGUGAAGGAUUAAUUGAUACAGUGUAAUAUUAAUAAAGUUUAUCCAUUUUUUACAUUCUUUUUUUGUUGUUUUACUAUUUUUUCUGACAAACAUCUAAUUUUAAUUUAUAUAUACAUUUUAGAUCCACUUAAUUAAAUAAUUUUCAAAACGUGAGAUGACAAACUGAUAACAAUGCAAAUUCUUUUUUCCCCCACGUUUUAGAGGCCACAAGAAGAGAAAUAUCCUGUAGGACCGUGGCUUCUCGCACUGUUUGUUUUUGUUGUCUGUGGAUCAGGUAUGAAUUAAAAACAAGCAUAGUUAAAGGAACAUAGUUAAAAUGGACUUGUUCUGUUUCGAUCUCUCAGGGAUAAACACAUCAAUUAUGCGAUAUUAAAGAUGAUGCUAUAGAACAGAAGUGAAGCUAAUUCAUACAAUUCAUGUAGUGUCAUAGAAAUGUCUUGAUUUGUAGCAAAGUGUUGUUAGGUCGUUAAAGCCAGCUGUCUUACUGGUGCCCACCAGAAUUUGGACAAAUGUACCAUGAUCAGGUUUUACAUAUAUUUAAUAAAUAUUUCUUUCCAGUUUUGUGUCUUCAACUUACAGAUCUCAGCAAACAAAUUGUUUUAAACACUUGGAAAUUGAGCAUGAAGAAUAAGUGAAAAUGAUUGAAAUCAAAACAGCAACAUGCAGAGAAUGUGAAAUAAAAAUGUUCUUAAAAAAACAAAUGGUCUAUAAAAACAAAUCUAAAUUUACCUAUGUAUGUCUUAUAUUUUCUUUCCUAAGCUUCUUUCAGACAAGUGACUAAUAUGACGAUGAGUCGCAGAUUUUACCGAAAUGACUAGAGAGGCGAUAGAACACAGAUAUUUAUGUACACUGUACUUUGACAAUGUCAAGUUAAAGGGACACUAUAGUCACCAGAACAACUUAAUGUAGUUGUUCUGGUGAGUAUAAUAAUUGCUUUCAGGCAUUUUCAUGCAAACACUGUCUUUUCAGAGAAAAGGCAGUGUUUACAUUGUCCCUAGGGACACCUCCAAGUGGCCUCUCCUUAGAUGGCCACUGGAGGGGCUUCCUGGCUCAGUGCUUCACAGUAGGCAGCUCUGCCGUUCAGCAUCUCCAUGCUCUUUCAUCAUAGAGAUGCAUUGAUUCAAUGCAUCUUUAUGGGGAGGUGCUGUUUGGCCAAAAUGGUGUUUGGCCCUGCCCCCUUGCUGAUUUUAGCCAAUCCAAUGCUUUCCCCAUGGGAAAGCAUUAGAUUGGCUAAAAAGUGGCAAUUCUGGUGAUGUCACCAAGGGGGCGGGGCCAGCGCCGGCGGACCCGUGGAAAAUGGAAAAUAAGGUGAGUUUUAAUCCAUUCUGAGGGGGAAGCCACCUAAAUGGUGGGUUUUCACUAUAGGGCUCAUGAAUACAUGUUUGUGUUCCUGACCCUAUAGUGUUCCUUUUAAAAUGAUAUCAUAUACACAUUGCAAUACUCUUUCACCAUGGAAAAGACUUUUGUAGUAUUGUAAGAAAGCUGGAUUAAAGCAGAAUAAAGGAGGUCCAUGUGAUGUAUUGCAGGACUCUUAGCACUGUUUAAAUAUGUGGUGUAAUACUUUGUAAACAAUUGUAUUUAUAUGUGAAUACUAUUUUGUUGGUUUUAAUGAUAUUUUUAUAAUAUACAUACUUCUUAUCCUGUAACCCUCUACCUUUAAAAAUGUGGCAGUUUUAGCCUAGGAAUAUGAAAAUCCUUGCAUCAACCUUGAUGACACUGGCCAUAAUAUAAAUUAUGUAAAGAGUAAAGACAUUCUAUAUGGUCUUCUGUCUCCACUUUCACUUUUUACAGAAUGGCAUAUGGCUAUUUAUUUGAAAGAUAACUGUUAGGUAAACUUUGCAGUAACUAAGUUUAUGACAUAGAAACAUAUACUAUGAGACGGCAGAUAAGAACAGUGUGGCCCAUCUAUUGUGCAAAUUUUUUUAAAAAUACUUUCAUUAGUCCCUGGCCUUAUCUUAUAGUUAUGUUACCCUUAUGCCUAUCCCACGCAUGCUUAAACUCCCUCACUGUGUUAACCUCUACCACUUCAGCUGGAAGGCUAUUCCAUGCAUCCACUACCCUCUCAGUACAGUAAAACUUCCUGAUAUUAUUUUUAAACCUUUGCCCCUCUAAUUUAAAACUAUAUCCUCUUGUUCUGGUAGUUUUCCUCUUUUAAAUAUAUUCUCCUCAUUUACUGUGGUGAUUCCCUUUAUGUAAUUAAAUGUUUCUAACAUAUCCCCCCUGUCUCGUCUUUCCUCCAAGCUAUACAUGUUAAGAUCCUUUAACCUUUCCUUGUAAGUUUUAUCCUGCAAUCCAUGAACCAGUUUAGUAGCCCUUCUCUGAACGCUCUCCAAAGUAUCAAUAUCCUUCUGAAGAUACGGUCUCCAGUAUUGCAUACAAUACUCCAAGUGAGGUCUCACCAGUGUUCUGUACAAUGGCAUGAGCACUUCCCUCUUUCUACUGCUAAUACCUGUGCCUAUACAACCAAGCAUUUUGCUGGCAUUUCCUGCUGCUCUAUUACAUUGUCUGUCUACCUUUAAGUCAUCUUUAACUCCUGACAAGGCAAAGGUGCUUCUCCAUGCCGCUGCCCUGUCUCGCCUUGACUACUGUAAUCCACUUCUCAGUGGUCUUACGUGUUCCCAACUUGCCCUGUUACAGUCUAUAAUGAAUCCGGUGGUGAGGCUUAUCUUCCUGUGCUCCUACUCCUCCCCCCUUUGUCAGUCCCUAAAUUGGCUUCCUGUAAGAUAUAGGAUUCAAUUUAAGAUCCCAAUACUUGAUUCAAAAUCUCUACACAAUGCUGCUCCGACUUACUUAUCCUCACUAAUACACAAAUAUGUCCCAUCUAGGCCCCUACGAUCUGCAUGAGACCUACAUCUAACCUAUGUUCGUACUCCUACCUCUGAUGCUCACCUUAAAGACUUCUCUCGGGCUUCACUGUUCAUAUGGAACGCCCUUCCCCUCUCUGUUGGACUUUCACUCAAUCACCACUCCUUCAAAAAAAUCUUUGAAAACUUACUUCUUUAGGAAAGCAUAUCAAUUAAACUGUGAACAGCUUUCCCUCCCCGCAUUCUGAUUCCUCUCCUGAAAUUGUCAUCAAAACAAAACACUAAGCCCUCAAUGAAUGCUAUCCUAGCAACCUACUUUUCUACCCUACCCUUACCUUUUGUGUUAUUAUACCCCACUCCCUCUUGCAUGUAAGCUCAUUGAACAGGGCCCUCAAUCCCUCUGUUCCUGUGCGUCAAACUUGUCUGGUUACAAAUACGUGUCUGUUAGUCCACCCAUUGUACAGCGCUAUGGAAUUUGCUGGCGCUUUAUAAAUAAUAAUAAUCUGAAAUAAUUACUCAUUGUAGCGGAACGCUGGUCUCUCACAGACUAUUUCCACUGGUAGUCCAGGUGUGGCUCAGGAACAAGUAGUAACCCCAGGAGAAACAUCCACAGUAAUAGAAUAAUCCAACAGUGUAGCAAGCACAAUUACCAAUACAGUCCAAUAAUAUCCCAUCACCUUUCCCAAUAACUGGACGACACACAGGAUCAGGAGCAGAACUGAACUAACUUUUAAUCGCACAACCCCUGCUUUUAUGCAAUGGUCCCGUGCAAGGGAGCCACCCACAAUAAUUAGUACAUUAACCAAUAAAGUACAAGGUACAACCCACACAUCUCCUCCCAUCAGCUUAUCUGUUAACAGAAUUAAAAUGUACAUAUUUUUCCCAAAGUUCUAGAUGUACCCCAAAUACAUAGGGUACACUCCUAACUGUGGUAUCCCCUGAUAGCCUUGAUCUGAGUGAAUAACAUAUUCAAAAAUCACCCAGAUUGGACCAGGGGUUCGGGAGUUAUGGGGGUUUAAAGUUUUGACCAACCGCACAGGCAACAUUAGCCGAAAAUAGUUCCAUAAGUUUUGGCCAACCGCACAGGCAACAUUAGCCGAAAAUAGUUCCAUAAGUUUUGGCCUUGCGGUCGGUCUCCGUUCGCGGAAUAAAAGUCACAAAAUGUUUGUCGUCCAUGGCUAUAUUGGUGUUCAUGUGAAUUCCCAUGUUUGCAUUAGUCUUUCUACUGAACAGCGGCUCGUUCGGUAGUUUCAGCACAAAUUUAUGGAAGCUUGGAGGUCUCAGCGGUGUUUGCCUAGUCGAGUGUCCGAUUUUAGUUCCAGCAAAACACCGCUGUUCGGGAGUUUAAGAUGGCCGCCAUGUGUUAAACUCCCGAAAUGGCGGUCACCCAGAGACCUGAACAAAGCAUUUGCGGGUUUCAAUAAGAAUGUAUUAGACGAACAGGGAGGUAGAUUGAAGUAUCAGGGUGGUCCGGUGUUCUGUAGUUUUAGUUUGUAUACCGAAUGCAGGGAGUCAGUACAGUUUUAGGUGAACAAUCAAACGAAUGCUUUUUAAAUCCACACGAAAGUCUUGUGACAAAUCCAUACGGAAGUCUUAGAAGUUAAAUAGCAAAGUAAUAAUGAAUCCGCUGUACAGUCCAAUGUCUCUGCUAUUCCAUAUGUCCUUGGCUGGCUCUCAAAAGGGCCAGCAGUGCCAUGCCAACCUCCAUUAUGCCUAGCCAUUGUUUUUAAAGGGUCCCAUCUUCCCAGGACCAUAAUCACUGGGCAGGCGGCGAGCAAGCAGCCCCCUCCAGGAAACCGGGGCAGACUCUUGUACAGGGGCUAGUCCGCUACACUCAUAAAUCAAAUAUUCUAUACUCUGCCCUUGGGUUUUUACAUGUUGUGCAAUGAAACGGAUGCUGACGUCAAUAGUUGAACUGAUUAUUUGCAUUAUAGUCCUUCCAUUCAGUGUUAAACAGUUUUUAAUUUAUUAAAGGGUACCUAUAGUAACUAACAAAAUAAAGACUUCUCAUCUUGUUUCCACUGCUGUAACUCCUCCUCUGCAGCCUCCAGCUCAGCCUCUGGUGAAGUCACCAAGCAUGCUGAUGUCAUCCACGACCUUGUCCAACCCUGUAAGUGAAGAUUUCCUGCGUCAGGAAUUUUCCCUUAUGUCAUGCCAUGGACUUCUAAUCAAUUUAGAACUUUCUGUAUUUCUCCUUGUCCCCACACAUUCUUCUCUGUAUUUCUUCUUGACUCCAGAGCUUGUUAUAGAGAGUGCAUGCGUGGAAAAACAUCACAUUCCUGCUAUCAGAUGCUACUAAAAUUUUACUCACUUUGGAGGAUAAAGCUCCUCUAGAGGGACAGCCACUAGAGGUGGAUUUAACCCUGCAAUGUAAACAUACCAAAAAACUACAAUGUUUUAACUUGCACAGUUAAAAUGACAGGACCACUGUGCCCAGACCACUUCAAAAGAUUAAGUGAUCUGGGUGACUAUUGUGUUCCUUUAAUGCUAAAUGAGAGUACCCCAACAGUCAUAGAAACAUAGAAACAUAGAAUGUGACGGCAGAUAAGAACCAUUCGGCCCAUCUAGUCUGCCCAAUUUUCUAAAAACUUUCAUUAGUCCCUAGCCUUAUCUUAUAGUUAGGAUAGCCUUAUGCCUAUCCCAUGCAUGCUUAAACUCCUUUACUGUGUUAACCUCUACCACUUCAGCUGGAAGGCUAUUCCAUGCAUCCACUACCCUCUCAGUAAAGUAAUACUUCCUGAUAUUAUUUUUAAACCUUUGUCCCUCUAAUUUAAGACUAUGUCCUCUUGUUGUGGUAGUUUUUCUUCUUUUAAAUAUAGUCUCCUCCUUUACUGUGUUGAUUCCCUUUAUAUAUUUAAAUGUUUCUAUCAUAUCCCCCCUGUCUCGUCUUUCCUCCAAGCUAAAAAUGAGAGAUGUGUGAAUUGGGUUAAUGAGCCUAACCCUUGACCCAAGUCACAUGCCACAGCCUUUUCUAUGAAAUAUUUAGUGUACUAAUUACAAAUGUUUAGUUCUUGCUUUCACUAUAGUUCUGCGUAACUUAUGGUGUCAUGCCAAAGAUGUUGUCACGGUUCUCACCUGAUAGACAGACGGCAAGAUGUGGUCGCUCUUGGAGUUCCCAACAGGGGACUUGAACCGGGGAUCUUCUCAGUCCUGGUCCUGCUUUCUACCUCUGAGCCACAGCAGCUAUUUUAGUCCAUUCAGUCCAUUCCUAAAGUGUGUAAUCUUAGCCUUAUCCAUACUUCCUUUUGGGGCUGGGUUGUGGAUAGCUUUAUUUUGUGAUAACCUGCUCAAAAAUGGUUUAACUCUGAAUGCAGGGACAUUGCCAAAGUACUCCAGGCACUAUAAAUAAUUGAAUUAGGUGAAAUGACUAUAGUGCCUACAGUGUCCCUUUAAGGGAAUACGCCAAGGAUCAUUACCACUACACCCUUUCCUCAUUUAUCAACAGUUUACCCUUUUACUUGGGUCUUGCCUAACUCUUGAUCUGCUCUGAAGCAGGAUUUACGACACUCUGUAGAAGCUGGAUGUUGAUCAUGACGGCAUUCUUUGCUUAAGAGUGUCAGACGACUGCUUUCAGCCAGUGAUAGCAGUUAUGACCAAGAAACAGGGGUGUGGAAAUGCACUCAAUCCCCUAUUAUUAUUAUUAUUGCCAUUUAUAUAGCACCAACAGAUUCUGUAGCGCUUUACAAUAUUAUGAGAGGGGGAUUUAACUAUAAAUAGGACAAUUACAAGAAAAUUCACAGGAUCGAUAGGUUGAAGAGGACCCUGCUUAAACGAGCUUACAGUCUAUAGGAGGUGGGGUACAAGAAACGUUAGGAUAAUAUGUAUCCGGGUGCAGCCGGACCAGUCCCAGUACCAAGAACCAGAUACUUGAUGAGGCAAAAAAUACAGUGGAGUUACAUCUCCGGCAGCAGAUGGGUUAAUAAUAAUAUAGUAUGUGCUGCGUUUCAUAGCGAAAUGCUGAAUAUACAGACUCCAGGCACCAUCACUUCAAAUCAUUGUAGUAACCCUUUAAGAAAAGAACACUCACACUCUGUAUUAUGUAAAUUUCUUCAUGAAAAAUUCAAGAAAUCUGGACUUUUAAAUCCCCCACAAUAUAGCAUUAGUGAGUGCUCAUUGAGAUUGAUGCUUUUAUAUAGAGAAUACAAAACUCAAAUACAAAAUGUCCAUAAAUGAGUGAAAUACGUGUGCAUUAAAGGUUUUUUUUACAGACAUUAAAGGAACACUAUAGGGUCAGGAACACAAACCUUUAUUCCUGAUCCUAUAGUAUUAAAACCACCAUCUAGCCCCCCUGCCCUCCCCCUCCCAUCCACCCCCUUACCCUCCUUAAAUAUAGCAAAAUUUUACCUUUACUGCAGUCUGCUGCUGCUGGCUAUGUCCCUGAUCUGCCUACUUGGUUGACAUCAUCAGAAGUGGUGAUCAAAAGCCAAUCACAAUGCUUUCCAUGGGCAGAUCGGGGCAGAGCCAGCACAAGCCAGACACAGCCCUGGCCAAUCAGCAUCUCCUCAUAGUGAUGCUAAAUCAUUAAAUCAGUGAGGAAAGUUCCGUGUCUCCAUGCAGAGGUGUGCAGCACUGCCCCAGAAAGCACCUCUAGUAGCAAUCUGAGGAGUGGCCAGUGGAGGUAUCCCUAGGCUGUAAUGUAAACACUGCAUUUUCUCUGAAAAGACAGUGUUUACUGCAAAAAGCCUGAAGGGACUGAUUAUACUCAUCAGAACAAGUGCAAUAAGCUGUAGUUGUUCUUGUGACUAUAGUGUCCCUUUAAUAUUUGCAUGUUGAUUCAGAGAGAUAUCAUGUUACCAAUUCAUAAUCAAGAAGGGUAGUUUCCCUUUUGAGUCAGAAUCACAUUUUAAACUGUUUCAGCCUAUGAGCACUUGCUUUUAUGCACCUCAAAUUGAAAUCGGAUCUGAAAUUGAAAUGUUUUUUAAAAAAAGAAACCUUAUGUCUGCUCUGGCUGUGAACAUUUUAACAUUACAUUUCAUGUGCGUUUUACAUAAAGCAUUCCAUAGAGCAUGGAAGCUGAAAAUUGCAACAGUUGACAAUAAAUAAAUCUCUUAUAAUUACACUGUAUUGUUUUCUGUUUUAAAACAAGAACAUAAACAAUUUUGGCCCUUUUAAAAAAAUUUCCCCUCAACUGUACAUAAUUGAGUUAAGUGAGACUAUUUGAGACCUAGUGACUGGGUUGAUGGUACACAAUCAGUGGAAACAGUUAACAUAUCAGACUUGAUUUCCAUGUUAAAAUAAGUUAUAGUGCAGUGUUAAGCAGGCAAAACAAAUUCUGAAAAUAUAAAACAAUUCAGGACUGGUUAAUCAUGCCCCAAUCACGCUCAUGAAUGGGGGAGUUACAACUCUGGCAGCAAAGGGGUUAAACUCUGUAUGUGCAGCGUUUCAAAUGGAAAAGCAUAAAUACUAUGAUUCUAUAUGAUUCUAGGACUAAAUGUUUACUGUGAAUAUCGACCACAACGUAGUCAGAGAGUAGAGAGCACCAAGGGCUAUUGUGUGUCAAUUCUUUUAAUAGAAUGUAUGAGAAUUCUUAAAGAUGUAGCAUAAUUGUAACAUAUACAGUUGUCUCAAAGUAACAAUAGCUUUUCAAAAACAGGAACAGGUUAUUUGAGCAUGGAAAGAGUAUAUGUAGCAAGUAUAUGUAACAACUUAAUAAGCGCAAAAAGAACAAACGCCCCUCCACCACAGUGGUAUAGAAUAAUUACAGACAUGUAAAACCUAGUAUAUACAGUGAGAAAUACACAUUUUUCACAUGGACCUCCAAACAUGAAGACUCAUAUAUCUAUAUGUAUAUAUAUAUAUAUAAACAGAAAAAAACCUGUUUCUUCCCAUGUGUUGUGUACUGUAACAGGCCUUUGACAGUAUUGCAGUUUGUUCUCAGUGUAUCUGAUCACACUUGGCGAUCAGACUCUGAUUUAAUUGCUGAGACCGAUAUUUGAUCACACUGGAAGUGUGUCCAGGCACACAGGGGUUACAGGAAUCCUCAGACCUUAUGGGUCUUUCACAUAUCCCUGGCACCAGUGACAUCAGUGAAUAUGUCACUGUGGCAUUGCAGAACGCAGACAUUCGGCCAUUAUUUUUUAUAGGAUGUUACAGAGCUCACUUUGUUAAAGAAUUCUUAUAUUGCUGCACUGGAAUGUAAUUGAAAUUCCAUUGCAGUUUUACCAAUAUUUCAAGAAAAAGUAGGGACUUUGUCAUAAGGUCACAUCUGAUAUUGAUAAAACUUGACAAAAGGCAGAGCUUCUGGUUCUGUUUUGUGAGCAAGCGACGGCUGGGAGGAAGAAGCAUCUUCCGACACAUUGUGUGAGAAAUUUCUAUGAUGGGCUUCAGGUAAGUAUUAUUAUUAUUAUUAUUGCCAUUUAUAUAGCGCCAACAGAUUCCGUAGCGCUUGUAUAUCUCUCUUCAGCUUCUCUCCUAGAAUAUAUAUAUAUAUAUAUAUAUAUAUAUAUGCAUAAUACAGAUUAAGGCAGCACUACAAGGACUUAGAAAAAAACUGUUUAGUUAAUACUUAACUUUUAAUAGUACAUCUUUAACCCCUUAGUAACCAGACCAAUUUUCUUACCGUUAAGGACCAGGGCUGUUUUUACAUUUCUGUGGUGUUUGUGUUUAGCUAUAAUUCACCUCUUUCAUAUUAAAUGCACCCAGACUUAUUAUAUAUCAUUUUGUUCAGGAGAAACAGGGCUUUCAUUUCAUAUGAAAUAUUUAUAUAUGAAACAUAAUUUAAUAUGAAAUUUCUGCAUAGUCUUUAUGGUGUUUUGGAAAGUCACAGGGUCAAAUAUAGCACAUUACAUUUUUCAGUUUAUACACAUUGACAUUUGCCAGACUGGUUAUGUUUCCUUAGAGACCAAAUAGUAGCCAAGGAAUGAGAAUUACCCACAUAAUGGCAUACCAUUUGCAAAAGUAGACAACCAAAGGUAUUAUAAAUGGGGUAUGUCCAGUCUUUGUAGUAGCCACUUAGACACAAAUACUGGCCAAAGUUAGCGUUCAUAUUUGUGUGAAACAAAUGCAAAAAAAAUUUUUUUAUGCUAACUUUGGCCAGUGUUUGUGACUAAGUGGCUACUAAAAAAGACUGGACAUACCACAUUUGCAUAUAUUCUCAUCCCUGGGCUACCAUAUGGUCUCAAAGGCAACAUCACCAAUCUGGCAAAUUUCAAUGUGAAAAACUAAAAUGCAAGCCUUAUAUUUGACUCUGUAACUUUUGAAAACACAAUAAAACCUGUACAUGGGGGUUACUGUUCUACUCGGGAGACUUCUCUAAACAGAAAUAUUAGUGUUUCAAAACAGUAAAAUGUAUCACACCAAUGAUAUUGUCAGUGAAAGUGUCGUUUGUGUGUGAAAAAUGCAAAAAUGACACUUUCACUGACGAUAACAUUGUCGUGAUACAUGUCACUGUUUUGAAACACUAAUUUACAAACAAAUGUAAACCCUUCAACAAGGUACUAUAUAUACCCCAAAUGUAUAAAAUAAUUCAAACUUACCAUCUCCAGAUGCAUGGUGUUCACAUCGAGCCCGGAGCGUGCAAGUCUACUUCUAAUCGCGACCUCGUGCAGGGCCAAAAGCCAGAGGGGGUGGAGGCCCGUGCGUUUCACCUAAUUGUCAUGGAGACGCUUGGAACGCAAGCGCUCCUCUGUAUACCUCACCGUUUGGCUAGAAACUUGCCCAGGCUUGCGGAAUCGAGACGAAGGCCAUGCGUCCGUGAUGGAAAGAAAUACUAAAUACUAAAUAUUGUUAACAAAUAAAAACAAGAAAAGACCAAACACCGUAUAUAUGCAUGUACACAUUGCAUUAUGGGAAACUAACAUAAACGGAAUAUGUAUCUACAUUAACACAAUUAUCAUUAACUUUAGGCUAAGUUGACCUAUACCUUUACAAUAAAUUCAUUACAUAUAGCUCAUACAUCUGCCAAGUCUGAGCUGUACACAUAUUACCAAGGCGAACAGGAACCGCAGUCCAUAAUGAAACCACAAUGCAACAAAGAAUAGGAACACAUCACAGAAAUAGCAAUAGAUACCUUACUGAACUAGUUAAAGAAGAGAAUCAAUGUAAAAUGCCUGUAAAUAACGGGCAUAUAACUAGCCAAUUACUAGCCAGCAUUACUGUUCACGGCUCCCAUAGAUUACAGUGAGAGCUUCUUAGUGACUGGUUUCUGACUAUGUAUAAAAUAUUUUACCAGGAAGGCUACAUUGAGAGUUCUCUCAUUUGUUUGAGUUUCUCAGUCUCACUAAAGUAUACUGACUGCCACUAUCCCUUAAAUGUAAAACUGCCUCUGCUUGGUGGAAAGACACAAAAUCAGGUUACUAGCUGCAAAGUGCCCCAUGCAUGCCAAAAGAGAGAAUACAGGUUUGAUAAAUGUCAUUAGAUGUCCUGUUCAACACCAUAAAAACCUGUUGAUACAUGCAUUUGGGAAACAACCACCACUUUAAAGAGGUUCCAAAUGGCAACCAUAGAAGACAGGGCAAUACGCAGGCCUGUCUUUUAGUGCGUUCAAGAUCUGAUGUCCCAAUGAAAAGACGAUGGGUAACACCAGAAAUACUGUUAGAGCAGCAAAGCAUGUCUACAGGAUCCAUACCCAGAAUAUUAAUAUCGUUUUAAAUUUAGAGGUAGAUUUAUCAAAGUGUUUUGUUGUAAAAAGGGGACAUUAUCAAUGCAGUGUGCCUACUCGUUCCUCUGGUUUCCAUGGUGAUUUCCCAACUUUUGAACUUAACAAGGAAAAAUUAUAAAUCUUCCACACAUAGUGUAAACAUUCUCUGCAUGGAGGCGCUGAAUAAUUAUAGAUUAUGCUAGCUUUAGUGUACCUAUAAUCUUAAUUUUAUUAAUGACAGGAGGUGAGUAUUUGCUUAAGUCUCUCUUUACUAGAACUCCACAGCAGCACACAAAAACAACCAAUCAGAAAAAAGUAAGGUACUAUAAAACCCCCUUCCCAUUGCAUCAUUUCCUCUUUCAAGCUGCGACAAAACAGAACAAAGGCAGAAAAAAUAAUGGGGAAGAAACAAAGUCCUAGAUACGACGAAUACAACGAUGUCCACCAUCCGUGAAGAGCUGCCAAACCAGAUAGCGUUGAUGGACUGUAAACUGAAACAAGAGAAAAACAGAAUCGAACAGGUUGAUUAUCCAAUGAAAUGUACUCUGAAUAAACAUGUAGGUACCCAAUGUAGCAACCAAAAGUACCUUAAUAUGUAGAUAUCCCAACCCUACUUUUGAAAAAAGUUCAGACAUAAGAACACGCGACAGGUAGCAGAGACAACAAGCAGAGUUGCAUACGUACCUGAGUAAUCCAAACUAUUAAAAUUAAACAAGGGAGGGAUAAGAAUGGGUGGGAAAUACUCGCCUCCUGUUAUUAAUAAAAUUAAGAUUAUAGGUAAACUAAAGCUAGCAUAAUCUACAAUUUUAUAACAUGACAGGAGGCUUCGUAUUUACUGUUUUAACGCUCAGUCAACAAAUCCAAUGCUGUUUGUUUCGCUGGUACCUAUUCCGGGAGCUAUCCGAGCAAUCCUAAAUGGACUUUCCAACUGCGAUAAAUGACAAUAGACCGAUCGGUGAAGAUGCCAGUUGACGAAGCAUCCCAAAAUACGAAAAAAAAAAUCUGAAAAGAUAUUCAAUAUAUAAGCAUAAAAAUCCCACAAGGGAAAAUAAAAUACCAAAUAUGAAGAAAUAAAUCCCACAAGGAACAUAAUGUUGUGUUAUAAAAAUAAAAUCCUACAAGGAUUAUAACAAAAAAACUGCAUUAAAAGAAUAAAAUCCUACAAGGAUUAUAACAAUACUGCAUAUAAAAAUAAAAUCCCACUGACUGCAGAGCAGCAAAGAAAGAGGAAAUGAUGCAUGGGGAGAGGAGUUUUAUAGUACCUAACUUUUUUUCUGAUUGGUUGUUUUUCUGUGCUGCUGUGGAGUUCUAGUAAAGAGAGACUUAAGCAAAUACGAAGCCUCCUGUCAUGUUAUAAAAUUCAGACAGACACACACACACAUACCAUGACAGACAGACACACACAAUGACACACGCACACACUAUGACACAGACAGACAUACUCACACACCAUGAUACAGACAGACCCAUACACUCACACUGACAGACAAACACACACUGACACAGACUCACACAUUAUUGCUUGCAUUGAUACCUGUGGGAUCCAGAAGGCGACUGGCUGGGGGAUCAUGCAGGCAAGUGGCAAGUUGGUGGAUUAUGGAGGUAGGUGGCAUGCUGGGGGGAAAAGGAGGCAGCCAGUGAGGGAGCUGUGAUGUCCCUGCUCUGCUCCCCCGCGCGCCGCUUAGUGAGGCUGGGGCCGGAAUAUGACAUCAAGCAAGGGAGCAGAGAAUGGACAUCACAGCUCCUAGCCGGCCGCCUACUAUUCGUGCAGCUAGCCGUGCACCUCCAGAAUUCCCCAGCCGGCAUCCCGCCUGCCUCAGAUGCAACGGGCUCACAUAUCCCAGAUGCAAAGGCAAACUUCCUAGGUGCCAUGGCGACCUGAAGCCUGGGAUUUGUCGAGCCCUGAUUUAGGCUCUGGCUUGGUACCCUUGAUGCUCAACUAGCCUAGACCUCCCAAAUGUCAUCAUCUAACCUUAUCAUCCAAGAUUUGUGCAAACUACUGUUAUGGUCAGCUAGGCUGGCUGAGCUAUAUUUGAUCACUUGAGAGGUAUUGUAACCAUUGUUUCACAUAUUUAUGUAUUCAGACAAACAAGGCAUUAGUAUAUAAACCACUGCAUUGUUAUCAUGGUAACUGAAAUAGUUUUUCUAUCUCUUUUCUAGCAAUUUUUCAGAUAAUCCAAAGCAUCAGAAUGGGCAUUUGAGAAGUCAAAGAAGAUGGACAUUUGCCUUACAUUAGCAUUGAUACCUGAGAGUCACAGCUAUGAGUCCAUAGCAAUUAUUCAUUUCUAUGUGCCUACUGAGUUUACUACAAAGAAGGAAGAGAGACUUCUCAUUGUUCAUCUAGGUGCAUAAACACCUUGGAGCGCCCAGUGCUUUUAUAUUAAAUUGUUGACUUAAUAAAUAGGGUCAUCUGUGACAGCUUUAUUUGUGAAUUUUUUUCUUGAUAGAUCCGAUGAUACCG